AUGUCAGACCCUAGCGCUAGAAUCAUUUCUCACAUGAACGAUGAUCACCAAUUAUCGUUGAAUGAUUACGUUGUGGUGUACGGAGCAGUCGAUCCCAAGAUUUUAGUAGAGGACUCGGUCAGGAUCACCAAAGUUGACACCGAAAGCAUCGUCAUCGAGUAUGAUAUCAUCAACCCGGCAACCACGAAAACAUUGGCGCUUUAUUGGACAGAUGCCGAAACCGAGGGCGAGGAAGUGCCAGUUAAAUCGUUUUCCGACAUCAAGGGCAAAUUGAUUGCCAUGGCUAAAUACUGUGCUAAUAAACAGGGCUUUGCUAUGAAGAAAUUGACCGAGGUUGUUGCACCGGACUUGGGUGGAUUGGUGAUGUACCCUACUUGGAUAGUGUUGUUGAUCAAUGCCUACAACCCUAGUAUUUUGAGGAACUUGUUUGCCAACGAUGCGUUGUUUAAACGAAUUGUGCUGUAUUUGCCACCAUUGGCAUUUUCAGCUUACCAGUUCACCGAGUUGAACGCCUUGAAAAUAUGUAUUGGAUUAGCUGCGAUCCACUUGAGCGAGGUAUUGUUCAUUGCAAGACCCUUUUUAGCGAGACGUAGAGCUCCUACUGACGUUAGAUUGAAAUGGUACGUUAUGAAUUUCAUUGAGGGAUUUACUGCUUUGCUUAGAUUAAAGAAGUUGGGUUAG